AAAUAACGUCAUUUCCUAUUUCUCUCCAACGAGAAAGUAAGUUGGAUCCAAUCCAUUAAUGGGUUAGUAUGGAUUACCCGUGUUUCUUAUAAGUUAAUUAUAUUUUACAAGUGAAUGUAAAAAGGAAUUCUGACGUUUUUUUAUGUUCCAAAAUUAAUUAUAUUCGAAUUAAUUUCAUCAAAAACUUAAAAGCCAAGAUGUAUACGAGGAACAGACAAAGCCAAGGCUAUGCCAACGCAAGGAACCAAAAUAAUCCAAAUAUAGGAUACCAAGGUCAAAACACUUACAAUCAACAAGGAGGUUUCCAGGGAACUCCGCCAGCGAACCCAUCAAGCAAUUUCAAGCAAGGAAGCGUACAAAAUGUGCAAGCAUUUAAACAACAACCACCACCACAAAUGCAACAAGCAGUAUCAAGAAAUCUACAGCAAGUAAAACCACCACAACUACAGCAACAACCAUCGCCGCAAAUUAAGCCACCACAACAACCUAUUGCAAAUUCUCCUCAAAUUCAGCCUCAACCACAAUCUCAACCUCCUCCUCAGUCUCAAUCACAACUUCAACCACCAUCUCAACCUCAACCUCCGCCUCAACGAUUAAAACCAAUUUUGAAACAGCCUUCCCAGCCUGUACAACAACAAAGCUCAAUAACAACACAAAAUAAUCCUGUUUCAUCUUCUCAACCAUCAGUUCCUACUCCAGCAUCUCCUCUAACAACUAAUUCUAAUCCCACACCACCAGUAAAUAAUAACAGUUCUGAAUUAAAAACUGAAAAUCAAGUGCCUGAAAAUACAGAUGUUGAAAUGCAAGAACAACUCCCAAGAUGGAGACGUAAAGCACCUGGGUUUAGGGUAAGUAAAAAGUUGAAGCGACUUCGUCUGAACCAGCGGUUAAGGAAAACAUUACAACCAAAGAAUGCAAUCAUGGUACUGAAUGAAAUGAAAGCAGGAGUGCAGUUCACAUUUCCUGAAACUCAAGGACCUAUGCCAAACUCGCUGUACCUUGUUCAUGCAGAGCUGGAUGGAAAAACCUAUGUUGGACAAGGAUUGUCUAAACCUCUUGCCCGUCAAAAUGCUGCUGAAAAUGCUCUGAAGGCUUUGUUACUUGAAAAAAUGACUGCAGCAUCUCUAAAAGCACGGAUUGAUGCUGAAUCAGAUGGGCAAUCAAAUCAGUCCACAGAUUCAUUUAAUACAUCCAAGGAUGACAAUACUGAAGAUGGUGGAACAUCAAUGGAUACCACUAUUGAUGAAAGUAAUGAAAUUCCAUGGAGUUCAUUGGCUAGCUUUGCAUUAUAUAAACUUUUCCUUGAAUGGCAUAAUCAGGGAACAUCUGUUCCGGUUCCAAGACCAGGAUUGCCAUCACCCGUUAAAGGAAUCAAAAGAGAGAUUUCUCAGGUUCCAAAAACUCCAGUCCAAAAAGAACUUCCACCAAAUGCAACAAACAUACAUCCUGUAAUGUUAUUAAAUCAAAUGAGACCAGGUUUAACAUAUAUAGAAUUAAAUCGGGCUAGUAAUCCACCUAACACAAUGUUCACUCUUGCUGUAGAUAUUGAUGGUGUGGAAUAUACAGGAACAGCUAAAAAUAAGAAAGAUGCCAAGAAAAUUGCAGCAAAAUCUGCGCUCUUAGCAUUAUAUGGUUUAAGCUAUCCAGAUGAGACCAUACCAAUACCCCAAGAGCAACAAAUGGCUUAAAAAAGAAUGACAUAUGGAUAUAAUUGAUUUUUAUCAUUUCGAUUGACCACAAUU